CCUCCCUCCCACCGAGAUGCAACUGAUCGUGGGCAUCGGAGGAGUGACUAACGGUGGCAAGACAACACUGACAAACAACCUCCUCAAAUCGCUGCCCAACUGCUGUGUGAUCCACCAGGAUGACUUUUAUAAGCCCCAGGACCAAAUAGCAGUCGGGGAGGACGGCUUCAAACAGUGGGACGCACUGGAGUCCCUGGAUAUGGGGGCCAUGCUGGAGACCGUGCAGGCCUGGAGACGCAACCCCCGGAAAUUCGCCCGCACCCACGGGGUCAGCAUCCAGCCCAGCCCCUCGGACCCUCACAUCCUCAUUCUGGAAGGUUUUCUGCUCUACAGCUACAAGCCCCUGGUGCACCUGUACAGCCGCCGGUACUUCCUGACCGUCCCUUACGAGGAGUGCAAGUGGAGGAGGAGUACCCACAACUACCCGGUCCCUGAUCCCCCCGGCCUCUUCGACGGUCACGUGUGGCCCAUGUACCAGAAGUAUAAACGGGAGAUGGAAGCCAACGGUGUGGAAGUGGUGUACCUGGACGGCACGAAGUCCCGUGAGGAGCUUUUCCACCAAGUCCUGGAAGACAUUCAGAACUCACUCUUAAACUGCUCCUAGGGGGGUGCUGGGAGAGGAGGGGCUGGGCCACAUCCAGCUGGCUCAGCCCCCCAGUUCUGCUCGCCUCGCCGGGCCGUGGGGACCCCUCCGCAAUCCUGGCCACAGCGGGGCAGGCUGCUUUGUCCCCUUCCUUUUGGGGAAGUCUGUACCUAAGAGAGUGGACCCCCCCUUCACAGCCUGGCACCCCAGGGCUCCAGGAUCCAGCCUAAGAUGUAUUUGUAACCUCACGUGGCUUACGUAUUAAACCCAGUCCUGAUUUUGUAA